CAACCGAAACUGUGCAUGCAUGCAUUAUUUCGGUUUUUGUUAUAUGCAUUAUUUCUGUUUUUGUUGAGGAAUGCGAAAUAGUAAUAUGGCAACCCUGAUCUAAAAUGUCAAAGCACUAUAAUUGAGAUGACAGACUAGCACGUUGCUCUUUUUCUGAUUUUACAUUUUGCACAAGUCGAUCGUAAUAAGCUGAAUUAAUUAAACACUUUAAUUGAAUUGUAUUUGGUAUAGCAUUUAAUAUUGUUAACUGAUUAGAAGUAAUAAACGUUCUGAAGUAAACAUAUAAGCGUGGUGUCGGUAUUUUGGCACAUACUAGAGAGUAUAACAGGUGGAUCAUACCACACAUUACAACAGGUGGCGACGAGGAAAUUGGUCUCAUAACCUACAAAACUGCAAAGUAGGAACAUAAGCGAAAAUGCCAGAACAAGAGGAACUUAUGAAACUGUUGCAGAUGCAAAGCAAAUUACUGGAGCAAUUGACUCAAAGAUCAAAGCAGCCAGUAGAAAAUUCAAAGGAACAGUUGAUGGAGUCAUUGGCAAAAAGCAUAGCAGAAUUUUGCUAUGAUGCCACAAACGCACUCACAUUCGACACGUGGUAUGCACGUCACGAAGACGUUUUCUUGGUCGAUGGAAAAGAUUUGGACGAAGCAUCACGUGUUCGCCUCUUAAUGAGGAAGCUAAAUCCAAUUGCGUAUAACAAGUAUGCAACAUAUAUUUUACCAAAAAAUCCACGAGAUUUCACAUUCGAAGAAACAGUCUCCAAGCUGGGAGAAAUGUUCGGUGCAAAUGAAUCGCUCUUCAGUAUAAGAUACAAAUGUUUGCAAAUUAGUAAGAAUCAACAGGAAGACCUGGUAUCGUAUGCAGCCAGGGUCAAUGCUCAAUGUGAAAAAUUUAGACUGUCGGAACUUUCGGCAGAUCAAUUCAAAUGCCUCAUCUAUGUAUUUGGGUUGCAAGCACACACAGAAGCCGACAUUCGUAUAAAAAUAUUGGCAAAACUAGAAGAAGAUUCAAAGCAAACAUUAAACUCUCUGGUAAGCCAUGCGCCAUGCCAUGUAUCUAAAGAAAGAUACAGCAAUGGUGGAAGAGACAAAAGCCGUAAUAACCAACGCAAUACAUGCAAAUACACGCCAAAGCAAGAACGAUGCAACUAAAAAUAGCAAAACAAAUAAAGCGAAGAUUCCAAAAACACCCUGUUGGAAUUGCGGAGACAUGCACUAUGCAAAAUAUUGUACAUAUCGCAAUCAAAAGUGUAACAAGUGCAACAAAUACGGUCAUAAGGAGGGGUACUGUAAUUCAUACAGCGCCAGCAAAAGCAAAAGCACAAAACCUCAGCGACACAAGCAACAACAAACGAGCAACAAAGGUCACAACAGUUGCUUACAAGUAAAUUCAAUAACGCAUGUUAAUCGACGCAAAUACACAACAGUAAGCAUAAAGCCGAUAGAAACCGCAACUUCAUCGUUUCCGUCGUGUGAUGUCAGAAUGCAGGUGGACACCGCCUCGGACGUCUCGCUAAUUGGAAAGUCCACAUGGAUACAAAUGGGUCAACCGGGAAUACGGUUGGAGAACAAAUACGUUACCAGCGCAUCAAAAGAUAAGAUUCAACUAUUAGCCGAAUUUUCUUGUGAAGCUAGGCUAAACGGGGAAGUACAAUACUGUAAUUUAUUCGUAACAAAUAUUGAUUCUUUGAACAUCUUAGGUGUUGACUGGUGUGACAUUUUCCAUAUUUGGGAAAAGCCUCUCAAUCUCAUUUGUAACAACAUCAUAUCGGUUCAAGAUCAACAAUCUACUAUUUUGAAGCAUAUACAGCAAGACUAUGCGGACAUAUUCAAGCCAAAUCUGGAAAGUUGUAGCACAGUUACAUCAGCAUUGCAUCUAAAGCCGGAUGCUAAACCAAUUUUUCGCGCAAAAAGGCCAGUAGCAUAUUCCAUGCUACCAUAUAUUGAAGAAGAACUAAAGAGAUUACAUCAAUUAGGGGUUAUCACCCCUGUAGAAUUUUCUGAAUGGGCAGCGCCUAUCGUCGCAGUGAAGAAACCGUCUGGCAAGGUUCGGAUCUGUGGUGAUUAUUCAUCAGGGCUGAACGCAUGGUUAGAGCCCCAUCAAUAUCCGCUGCACACGCCAGAAGAAAUUUACGCAAAGGUCGCGGGAAGUCAUUGUUUUACCGUAAUAGACCUAUCAGACGCGUAUCUACAGGUACCCGUCACAGCAGAGUCAGCCAAGCUGCUCACCAUUAACACGCAUAUGGGUCUGUUUACGUUCAAUCGACUCGCACCAGGUAUCAAAAGCGCUCCAGGAGCGUUCCAACAAAUCAUGGACACCAUAUUGGCAGGCAUAGAUGACACCGUCGCUUACAUAGAUGACAUCAUGAUAGGCGGUGCAACCUUUAGGAAACAUGUCGAAAACCUUCAUAAAGUGGCGCAACAGCUACAGAAGUAUAAAUUUCGGGUCCAGUUCGACAAAUGCAAAUUUUUUGCUGCACAGAUUCUAGCACUACCAGAACCCAAAAAUAUUUCAGAAGUCAGAGCAUUUCUGGGCAGUGUAAAUUAUUAUGGAAAAUUCAUCGCAGAAAUGUCCAAAAUCAGAGCACCUUUGGACAAAUUGCUUCAUAAAAAUGAAAAGUUUAAUUGGAACGCUGAUUGCAAAAAAGCCUUCCAGCAAUUCAAACGCAUUUUAAAUUCAGAUUUAAUGCUUACGCAUUAUAACCCCAAUUUACCAUUGAAAGUGGCAGCAGACGCCUCCAAUAGAGGAAUCGGUGCGUUUAUUUGUCACGUUUUUCCGGACGGAUCAGAGAAGGUUAUACAACACGCCUCAAAAGCUUUAACGGAUGCAGAGCAAAAGUACUCGCAAAUUGAAAAGGAAGCUUUAGCAUUAGUUUUUGCGCUAAAGAAGUUCCACAGAUUUAUUUUUGGACGUAAGUUCACAUUGUGCACGGAUCAUAGGCCGCUAAUCGCAAUAUUUGGUAAAAAUAAGGGCAUCCCAACGUACGCAGCAAAUAGGCUUCAGCGAUGGGCACUAAUAUUGAUGAUGUACGACUUCAAUAUCCAAUACAUUAAAACAACAGAAUUUGGAUGUGUAGACAUGCUUUCGCGCCUUAUAGCCAAUCACACAAAGCAAGACGAAGACAUGGUGAUAGCUUGUACGCAAAUGGAAGAAGAAAUGAACACGAUUAUUGAAGACCAAUGUGAAAAACUUCCGGUGAGUUUUGAAAUGAUAAGAAAAGCUACAAAGCAAUGUUCAACGGCCCAAGCUGUCAUAAACGCAUUAUCAAAUGGAUGGAAGCAAGAAAUAACACCAGAAUUACAGCCAUUUUAUGCACGGAAAGAUGCACUCAGCGUGAUUCAAGAGUGCCUAAUGUUUCAUGAACGCAUAGUGAUUCCGAAGAAAUUACAACCACGAAUUUUACGUCGAUUACACAGAGGACAUCCAGGUAGAGAACGAAUGAAAUUGUUAGCAAGGAGUUACGUGUAUUGGCCUGGUGUGGACGAAGAUAUAGUCUCGUAUUCACGAAAUUGUCAACUUUGUGCAUCAGCAGCAAAAAUGCCUGUAAAACAUACACUACGAUCAUGGCCGUUAGCAACAAAACCAAUGGAACGGUUACACAUAGAUAUAGCAGGACCAUGCAAUGGUUUUUAUUACUUCGUAAUCGUAGAUGCAUUCUCAAAAUGGCCUGAAAUUUUUCAAAUAGAGAAUAUCACAACGCAAACAAUCAUUAGCAAGCUAAAUGAAACGCUUUCACGUUACGGAGAUUGUGACACACUGGUCUCUGAUAACGGCACACAAUUUACGAGCGGAGCGUUCGAACAAUUCGUAACAUCGCGGGGUAUUCAACACAUAAGGACAUCGCCUUAUCAUCCCCAGUCCAAUGGACAAGCGGAACGGUUCGUAGAUACACUGAAAAGGGCAUUAAAAAAAUUAAAAAUGGAAGGAACGGAUUCAGAAAACUUGCAAACAUUUUUGCAAACGUAUAGAUCCACACCAAAUCCGAAUGUGGUAGAACGUAAAUCUCCGGCAGAAGCCUUCCUUAACCGGAAAAUCAAAACAACGUUAGACUUAACUAAGCCACAAACAACGGAAAUCAAACAACGAAAUUUAAAACAAGAAAAGCAGUUUAAUGUGAAACACGGAGCAAAAUCUAGAGAAUUUUUGAAUGGAGACCUUGUAAACGUUAAAUGGCAUCAAGGCAAUGAUACGUUUUGGGUUCCUGGCGUUAUCAUAGAACGGAUUGGUUCUGUGAACUACAAUGUCAGAAUUGAAGUAAAGGGCAACUCAAAACUGAUUAGAUCACAUGCAAAUAAAAUGGUAAAACGUUAUGGAAACCAUACUAGCAAUCGCGAUGUGACUAAAUAUUUAUGCGACGUUUUUGAUCUCACAGAACUACCACGGUUCAAUGAAGAAAAUCAACCCGUACUACAGCCAGAAACUGUUGAAGUGGCUCCCCUAGUGGAAACCACCUCAUCGGGUUCUAAUGCACAUGCAGGAACGAAUAGAGGAACAUCAACGAGUCGCAGGAUUCGUAGACCACCAGCAUAUUUGAAUGAGUAUGAUACUUCCUAACAAAGGGAGGUGUUGAGGAAUGCGAAAUAGUAAUAUGGCAACCCUGAUCUA